CCCACUGGGGCUGUCGGGAGCCUACUUCUCUGGAAGGCAGAGAGCGGGACUAGCGGCAUGGCGGGCCUGGAACUUCUGUCGGACCAAGGCUACCGGGUGGACGGGCGGCGUGCUGGGGAGCUGCGCAAGAUCCAGGCGCGGAUGGGGGUGUUCGCGCAGGCCGACGGCUCGGCAUACAUCGAGCAGGGCAACACCAAGGCUCUGGCCGUGGUCUAUGGGCCGCACGAGAUUCGGGGAUCCCGGUCUCGAGCCCUGCCUGACCGUGCCCUGGUGAACUGUCAGUAUAGUUCAGCAACCUUCAGCACAGGUGAGCGCAAACGACGGCCACAUGGGGACCGGAAGUCCUGUGAGAUGGGCCUUCAACUACGCCAGACCUUUGAGGCAGCCAUUCUCACACAGCUGCACCCACGCUCCCAGAUUGACAUCUAUGUGCAGGUUCUACAGGCAGAUGGUGGGACAUACGCAGCUUGUGUGAAUGCAGCCACACUGGCAGUGCUGGAUGCUGGGAUACCCAUGCGGGACUUUGUGUGUGCGUGCUCAGCUGGCUUUGUGGACGGCACAGCCCUGGCAGACCUCAGCCAUGUGGAAGAAGCAGCUGGUGGUCCCCAGCUGGCACUGGCCCUGCUGCCAGCCUCAGGCCAGAUCGCACUACUUGAGAUGGAUGCCCGGCUGCAUGAGGACCACCUAGAGUGUGUGCUAGAAGCUGCUGCCCAGGCUGCCCGAGAUGUGCAUACACUGCUGGACCGUGUGGUCCGACAGCAUGUGCAUGAAGCCUCUAUCUUGCUGGGGGACUAAGCACCUGGCCACCCAUGUCCAGAAUAAAGCCCUGUUCCUCUGCUCAA